AUGGCGUAUCUCCAGCCACCACAACCCAUGGCGAGUGGUAUGACGUCGCCGGCCACGACGUGGAAAAAAUGGCGCCAAAGGUUCGAGACAUUUCUCACAGCAGCAGGACGGCAGGCAGCACGAGACGAAGAGAAGAUAGCUCUGCUGCUCCACGCAGUGGGGGAAGAGGGCGUCGAGGUGUUCAGCACAUUCACCUUUACGGCGGAGGACAAGACGGAAGACGGUCAGCGCAAGUACGCUGUUGUUUUGGCGAAAUUCGACGAGUAUUACGCUCCUAAGACGAACGUGACGUACGAACGUCAUAGAUUCUUCACGAGAAGUCGUCAGCCCGGUGAGACUGUGGAUAAGUUUGUGACUGACCUGCGAAUACUCGCACAGACGUGUGAAUUUGACGCACUGACAGACAGCCUAAUCAAAGACAGGGUCGUGUGUGGCAUCGGUGAUUCAAUGUUAACGGAGCGACUGUUACGUGUUGACGAUUUGGAUCUGCCAAAGGCGAUACGCAUCUGCCGGGCCGCAGAAGUCUCACAGGAGCAGCUGAGAAGGUUGGACGAGUCAGCAGCCGUUCAGUCAGUAGAAGCCAUGCGGGUGUCACGUGACAAGCCACGUGACAAGCCUCGUCAGCAGCCAAGCGCUCGAUGUUCCCGGUGCGGACGAAGCCAUGGCCCUUACACGCAAUGUCCUGCUAAAGGAAAAAUCUGUCACAAAUGCAAGGGAUAUGAUCACUUUUCAGUUGUUUGUCGUACCAAAUCGGGACACAUCCAGUCAGUAGACGCGACGGUUGACACAGUUGGCAAAGGAGAAACACACCCCCAGGCGUCACAGCAGGUUAGCAGUAUUACUACGGAGACAGAGGUUGCUCCAUCUCUGUUCAUUGCUGCGUUAGAUCACGACAGCAACAGUUGGAAGGUACCUAUCUCAACCAAUGGAUCAGUAGUCACAUUUAAGUUGGACACGGGGGCGCAAGUGAACGUUCUCCCAAGGAAGAUAUAUCGGCAGCUGCACAAAAAGCCUACAAUAAAGCCGGCUAACGCACGAAUCAUGGCUUAUGGUUCAGAUAUGCCGUUGCCGUUAGAUGGUCAAUGUGUGUGUCAAGUCAGAGUACGUGAAGGAAUGACCAAAACUAUCAGAUUCUAUAUUACAUCAGUCCAGGCGGAGCCAAUUCUGGGUUUGUCUGCCUGUCUAGAUUUGGAGCUUAUCAAGCCACUCUGCUCAAUUUCCUCUGAGGCCCCUCCUACCAGUCCGACAAGAGAAGAUCAUUCAGGGGAGACAUCCGUCCCAAUUGCUGUUGCCUACAGUGACCUGUUUCAUGGGAUUGGCCGUUUACAUCAGUAUCCCCAUACAAUUAGGUUGCAAGCCAACUCCAUACCGAGAGCAGUGGCCAGUCCUCGACGAGUCGCAUACCCAUUGAUGUCAAAGAUCUCCUCGCAAAGUCGAGAGAUUCGGGAGAGGAUUUUUAUCUGGCGCUAUUGGCAUACCGGGCUACCCCACACGAUACCACUUCGUUAGCUCCAGCGCACCUCCUAAUGGGCCGGCGACUUCGCACUACAUUACCCUCUUGGCCUUCUGUUUUACAGCCGGAGUUGGUCCCCAGACCUACCAUAGAAGCCUGUGACGAGAAAAGAAAACGCCAACAGGCAGGGUACUAUGACCGGCGACAUGGAGCCAAGGCACUUCUGCCCUUAAAACAGGGAGAUCCCGUUUUGGUGUGGGACAUGAGCUCCCAAAAGUGGCUAAUACCAGCUAUUGUACAGAGUAAGGUACAUGAUCGGUCUUAUCAGGUAAAGACAAACACAGGCGUGGUUUUGAGGCGAAACAGGCACCAGCUACGCAAGCGGGCGAACGGCGAUCCCAGACGGAACCCCCCAGAUGAGGAUGAUGAGAAUGACGGAGAGGAAGACGACGUACCUGCAGCAGACCCACAUCAGGAAAUCCAGCCAGUGCCGGUGACACCACCUCCAGCAAACACCACGGUGACAAGAUAUGGAAGGGAAGUCCACCCACCUGCUUGGCGAACUGAGUAUGUCUAACAAAUAGAUCAGUGAGCAGACCGUCGUUUGAUUAAUUAAGCCAGUAGUUUGUUGUGUUCCUUUUGUUGUUGUUUUCGCGACCUUAGUUCUUAAAGAGGGAGAUGUAACAAAUGGUAAUUACUAAUAGUAGUGACUUUACAGUAAGGUGUUACAUACGGGGUUUUGGGGGUACAGUAGUCCGAGGGUCACGGGUUAGAGACCAUCGCAAUACAGUGUCUUGUC